UCCGACGCGUGUCAAAACUUAUGCCGGGCAAACAUGCUGUUGUUGUCGACGUCGACGUCGCAGUCGCCGUCGCAGCUGACGUUGACGUUGACGCUGCUUGAAAUGCCGGUUGGGCGUUUGGUUAAUCGGCUGACGGCACCGCAUGGUUCAGUUAUUCGGUUUUAGUUGUGUUUCUGCCAGCGAGACGAGUGACACAGAGAGAGAAAAAUCCCACAAAAAAUAUACAACAAAAACAACAAAAAAAAAAUACGACAAUAAACACGACGACAAUAAACGAGCAAAAAGUAAACGAAUAGAAGCAAUUUUUAGAUUUAACUGAUUGAAAGCGGCGAACGCGGCGUAUGCGUAAUAAGCAGACACAGACUGCAACAAGCAGGCACAACAACAAAACUCACACACGCACAUAAAUACAAGCAUACAGAUAGAAACGAAAGUUUCUUAUAUAAAGACUUAAAGUGUUCGUUGUGUUUUUAGUAAACAGUUUAGCAGGCUUAAACGCGACCUAGACGAUGCCAAAUAAUCGUAAUCGUAAUCGCAAUCGUAAUCGUAAUAAGCGCAAUAAGAAUCAAAACGCAAAUCAAAAUAAACAGCCAACGACAGAGGAGGAGAAACAGGAGCAAGCAGAGCAGCAACAGGAGGAGUCAACGACAACAACAACAACAACAUCAUCAUCAUCAGCAAUAACAGCAACAACAACAACAUUAAAGGCAGCUGACGAUCAUCAUAAUGAUAAUAAUGCAAAUUCUGGCAACAUUUCAAAUGGGUCAUCAACAGCCAGCGACAGCAUUACAGUUGCUGAUUUGGCUCCGACUGGCAUAGCUGGCAAUAACAGCAACGUAGCGCCGGUGAAUCAGCCAGAAGAUCAGCCAAGAGCUAUUGCUGAAGAUCAGCCAGUGAGUCAGCCAAAGACCACGAUAGUUGAUCAGCUGGUAGUUCAAUCUAUAGAAGCCUCAGCUGAUCGUUCUAAAGAGCAGGCUGAAGAGCGUGUUGAGGAUCAGUCAACGGCUCGCGCUGAGGAUCAGCUGGAACAACAGCCAAAGCAGCCUGAAGAUCAACUGAUAGAGCAGCCUAAAGAUCAGUCAGCUGAUCAAGUAAAGGAGAAGCCUGUCGAUUGUACCAAAGAUCAGCUAACUGAUCAUUUUGAGGAUCAGCUAGCAGAACAGUCAAAAGAGCCUGUAGUUCACAUAGUGAGUGUACAAGUUGAAAGAAAACAAGAGCCGGAAGAACAGCUGAUCGCGCAUUCAACUAAUUACUUAGCUGAUCAAUUUAAAGAUCCAUCUGCACAACGCUCUAAGCAUCAGCAACAGUCAAAAGAGCAGCCCACAGUUCACAUCGUGCAUGUGAUCGUUCAAAAGGACGAAAGCUGUAUAAAUCGAACUGAAGAUCAGUCAGAUCAGCUUAUAGAUCAACCAAAGCCAGCAGUACGCUUGAUUCCUGUAACUUUAGAGAAGAAAGAGAUCUGUUUAAAGGAGGUGCAGCAGCAGUCAAGCAACGCAAUGGGCGCCAAGAACUCCAAGCAGCAGCAGGAGCAGCAAUCAGAGUUGCCACAACAGCAGCAGCAAUCAGAGUUGCCACAGCAGCAGCAACAAAAGGCGCCAGGGAGCCCACGCCAAGCCAAGGUCAUAGUGCAUCGCAUAGUGCGUGAGGCGAGCGAUGAAAUCGAUGGACAACAGCAACAACAGGCAGCAACACCACAGCAAUCUCUGUCACGGCAGCAACAUGCGCCUAAUCAGCCGCUGCAACGGAGUACCAAGGUGAUUAUACAUCAGAUUCGCGUAGAGACGGAAGAAGAGGAGCGCGCUCGAAGAGGUAAGCCCACAAUUGAGGAGAUCAGCAGCACAACGACAACAACAUCAACACACAGCACCAGCAAUAACAGCGGCACAUUGUCACCUCCGCCACGAUAUCUCGUUGAAUCUCCUUCUCCGAAGAACGUCUCGACUGUCGCACAGUUCGGAAAAUUCUCGCGAGAUGUGCAGAUUCAGGAGUUGGAGCUGAACAGCGAUUGCAGUUCGGGAGAGUUUAAUUUCAACGGAAUGCAAUCUCCGGUGGUGUGUGAGGUGGACUCGGAGACGGAGGCCACCACGCCCGUGGCUGUGAAAGCGUUCUCGCCAGAUCUGCCGUCCAGCAGCCGUGCGGAGCUACAGGAGCAACUGCGUCAGAAACGUGCCCAGAAACGGAAUGCACUUGAAUCGCACUUUCUGCCGCAGCUGCUCAGUCCGCGCUAUCUGGACAGCAUUCUGGAGGAGAAUAGCGAAACAACUGCGGGCAGUGACCAAGCCUUGAGUCGCAGCAACUCAUCCGCGAGCAGUGAUCCUGCCAAGAGUCGUUCCGUUGUGCCACAAAAGGCAAAUGAAUCCUUUCCGCGCAGUCAACUCGACUUCAGUCGCCGGCACAAGCGUCGCGAGGAGCCAGUGGCUCUCAUGCUGGAAACAAAGCUGCUGGAUCAGCCCAGUGAUCUGGAGAGCUGCACCCGACUCCAGAGCACGCUUUCUCCUCAAUCCGAGGACGCCGAACUCGUCUAUCUCAGCUCCUCCGCCUCGAGCAGUGUCUCCGAUCUAAUGGAACUCGAAUUGGAACAAGCUGCAGCUUUGGCGGAACGUGCUCUCAUCGAUCUUGAUACGGAUGCCAGCAAGCUGAUCAAUCGACCCGACGAUGAUGUCAGCAGCACAACAACAACUGAGCCCGUCAGCUCAUCCAAUGAAACGGAAACUGAGGGAGAGUGUGAGGUCGAAACGGAAGUGGACACGGAAACGGAGGCGACCGUUCAAUCGAGUCGGGAGAGCACACCUGUUAAUGCUCAUCCACCAAACGAAGAGGCAUCGCCAAGCAGCUCGCUUUCAUCGUUGCUGAGUGCCGCAACACCAACGCCGACGCCAACGCCAGCAGAGGCGCCAACGUCGAUGUCGACGACGCCCACGCGAGCGUUUAAUGAGCGGGAAAGAGAGUCAACUUUGGAUGAGGUGCCAGCGAUGUUGGCCAACGAAUGUGGCUCGAACAAAUUGGCCAACAGUCGAACUGCAGCGCCGUCGCUGUCGGUAACGCGCGAGGAAUUUGUACGCAAUAUGGAAAAAGUGCGCGAAUUGAUCGAAAUGACGCGACGCGAAGAAAACGCGAUCGAUAACGCCAAUGGAAACGGAAACGCGAACGCAAAUGGAAACGGGAAUGAAAAUCGUAACGAGUUGCGCUGUAGGUUAACACCCUCGCCACCGCCACCGCCUGUGCCACCACCACCCAGCAGCAUGCACUACCCACUACCCACCCACACAGCCACCUCAACCACUGAAAUGCAUCCAAUCCUCAGUCCAUUAUUGCUCAAGCGUCAAGAAUCAAAUGAUUCACAUUGCUCAGAUAGCACACAGCACAGUCAAUGCACUGCCAUCCAUAUGGCCUCACCACCACCCACAAACCAACCACCCACGCCCCCGCUACGCCAGCAACCACCACAACAACAACCACCACAACAACAACAACCCACACAAUUGGAGCUUAGUGCAAUUUCACAAUUUUCAGGCGACACGGAUGCGGAAAGCAUCAAAAAACUGCGUCUGCUAUGCACGGAAACCUUGGCCUCGAUGCCUUAUGGCGAACAGAUGCUUGAGGAGCUUGCAACUGUGGCACAAAACAUAACAGAACAACAGCAGCAGCAGCAGCAGCAACAACACGCGAGCAACAUGCCUUAUCCUUUGCCACAUUUGCCGCACAUCAGCGACUUGCAGCUGUCCUUAGGAGCCGCCAAAGAGGAUGCCUGGCUAGGUUUGCCCACGCAAGCAGAUCCCAAGCUGUUGGUUUGCCUCUCACCUGGACAACGUGCGCUGGUCGAGCAGCAGCAGCAGCAAUCGAAGUCUGCUCCUGAUCAGCUGCUGGAUGCACAUGAAAAGUUUAUGCAACGUCGCGGUUACCAUGAGUUGACUGUAGAACAGGUGCGUGCCUUGGACAGCGAACAACUGAAACUGGAACAGGAGCAGAUACUCAAAACGGCAGCGAAAAUGCGCGAAUUGCGCAAGAGUUUAACGCCCACAUCGCCAACACCAACAACAGCAGCAGCAACAACAGCAGAAGCACCGCAGCAAUUGUCGUCGCCGGUGCCGCCGCCGGUGCCAGUGAAGAGCGCAGAGACGGCGGCCAAGGCGAAGAGUCAGGCAGAUGACGCAAGAGAGAGAGGCAGCUAUCAAAAGGUGAUCACAUCGACAGCGACAUCAUCAUUUGAAAAUAAACCAAGACAAGCAGCAGCUGAUCCACAGCAGCAAUCGUCAGAGCAGUUGCCUUACUCAUUUGACCAACGCACGUCCAGGCGCACAGAGCAGCAGCAGCAGCAGCAGCAGCAUAGCAGCUACACGAGCAACAGCAACAACAGCAGCUACAUGAGCAGCAAUAAUACUACCAGCAACAACUGCAACCACAGCGGCAAACACUCCAGCAACCAGAGCAAAUUUCCAGCCAGCAUGGAGAGUGAAUUGGCGCGCAUGUUUCCAAGCAUUGCCCAACAGGGUGACAUCUUUGAUGAGGAGCGCAAACGCUUCUCCAACAUUGAGCAAAGCAGUCAACAGAAACCGUUGCAAACUAAACGUUAUUCCAACAUUGAAACAAGCUCAUUUGAGUCGAAGAAACGCACAGAAAAUGGACAAGUUGUCUAUGAUUACAGCAACAGCAGCAGGGAGCAGCAAGAGGAGGGUGAAAAGCCCACAAAUGGUGGCAAGUUUCCACUUCAAGAAGCAGCACAGCCCAAGGUGCAUCACAUAAAUGUGAGAAAGGCAGCUGAAGAUGAGGUGGAUUGUGCACCGCCAGUGCCACCGCCGCCGGCAACAAAUAUUAUGUCAGCAACGAAAUUAAAUGGCAAAGCAAGCACUUUCAUUGAUGACGCACAACAGCAACAACUAAUCGCUGAGAGCAGCAGCAACAAUAGAGAAGAGCAACAACAGAUAAACUCAACUGUUGCCAGCUCCAAGGUGAACAACGUCGGCAGCACUUAUGAGGAAUUUCGGCAACGUGCCAAGGCAGCAGUCGAAGCAAUUGCUCAGCCCAACAGCAACAGCCACAGCAACAUCAUCGGCAACAUCUCGCAACCUUUGGAUAAUGAAAAGCUAUUCAAGGACUUUGAUGCCUUGUCCCAGCAACUCAAUGCCGAGCUGCAGACGAGUCGCGAUAAACGCGAGCAACGCGACAAAUCUGCCUCUCUCUAUGAUCUUAGUCGGCCGAGCAACAACAGCGGCAACAUGUCCGUUCAUGGCCAACAGUUGGAGCAACUGAAGCAGCUACGUCAUGCGCACAUGCAGGAAUUGGAGCGGGAAAUUGAACGUUCGACCAGGUCGCGACAGGAGCGUUUAUCCUCAGUGCCGCGAACCACGGAGAUUCCCAUAGAUCUAGCUCCUGAUUACGCUGCUCGUUCCCGUCGCGCUGAGUCGCUGUGCAAUCUGAAUGAGCCACUGCGUCCGCACAGCUCGGCGGAGCAUUAUCGUGCACCACAGGACGAUUGGUCGCGGUAUGCCAGCGACUUGGGUUACUCGGAGAACAUAGCGCGUCCCUUUGCCCGCGAGGUGGAGAUUUGCUAUCAGCGUCAGGGACAGCGGCAACCACAUGCGAUACGUGCACCACGUCUGUCUGUCAGCACCAAUGAUUUGUCCAGCAGCAGCUACGACAGCUACAAUGCCUACGGUGGUGCAAGGCGGCAUGCCCCCAUGUUGCAACAGGCGCCGCAGCAGCAGAGGCCGCAUUUCGCCAGCUGCUAUUCGAUGAUUGAACGGGAUCCCAAUCCCACGUACAUCAGCACCACCUCCAGGCGUGGCGUGUCCCCAGCACCACCCACACCGCAGGCACCACAGCCGCCUGCCUACGACAGGCAGCAGCGUCGUGCCUCCUUGCCACGCGAGUUGCACGAACAGCAGUUGAAGUAUAUUCUCAGCAAGGAGGAGGAACUGAAGCUGGAGUUCGAGCGGUUGCAGCAGGAGAGGAGGCGUCUCAUGGAUGAGAUGCACAGGGCACCGACGGUGUUGCAGGCGCCACCACCACGCCGGGAGAGCUAUCGACCAGCUCCCAAGUUGCCAACGCUGAGCGAGGAUGAGGUGUUCCGUCAGCAAAUGGCCGAGGAAUGGAUGAACAAGGUGGCGGAGCGGGAGGAGCGACGUCAGCACAAGAUUAUCAAGAUAUCAAAGAUCGAGGACGAGCAGCAGCAUGUCACCGAGGAGCAGGCGAACAUCAGCGAUGAGUUCCUCAACCGGGUGAAGGAGCGCAGGCACAAGCUCGCCAUGCCCGCGGACAGCGACUGGGAAAGCGGUGCGGAAUCCCAGCCGAUGCAGGCCAAGGCAGCGGGCAGCGAGUCCGAUGUGGAAGCGCCUCCCGUGCGCGUCCUUGAGGGUCAAGCGGAGGCGAAUCUGCGCGAACUGCCGCGACAUCUGCGGGAAUUCGCCAAGUUCUCCACUUGCGAGCAACUGGAGGGCGGUCAGGGUCAAGUGGAGCGACACGAGGAGCAGGAGCGCAGCGAGAUGGCAACCGAUAAUUCACAUAGCAGCGCCAGCAAGAAGUCAACUAUUGUGAAGACGUACAAGGUGUCCAGGCUGCCGCCUUCUGUCCAGGGCGUUUGGACACCCAAGAGUCAAACACCACACGGCUCCAGCAACGAUCUGGACAACUGUUGCUCAUCGGCGGCACCAACACCACCGCCACCACCCACACAACCGGUGUGGACACCACAGCCAUCGCCAGCCUUGAGCGGACGCAAGGAGUUCCGUCCCGUGCGCUUUGAAUCACCCACCUUGCCACGUCGCUACACGGCCCAGCAACAACAACAGCAACAACAACAACAGCAACAGCAGCAACAACAUCCACAAGCGACGACGACAAUACCACCGUGGUCUUAUACCAACGGCAGCUGCCCUGUGCCAAGUGCACCACGCAGCACCACCACUAAUUUGAGCUCCAACAACUCCGACUACGCCGAAACCGAUUGCUCCACCCACUUUGGACCCGUGGCGCCCUCUGCCAGCGUUUCCGAUAAGAUUAAAACAUUUGAACGCUCGGCUUCCACAUCGGAGCUGAACAGGCCGUUCGUACGCCGUCAACUGUCUGACUGUAGCCGUCCAGUUUAUAGGCCUAAUGAAGUCAUCUACAAAGUCAAGCACGAGUAUAUGAGCGAACCGGAAACGGAAAGCGAUCGUCCGCGCAAAAUGGCACAGUUAGGUCGACGGCAAUACGAAGGCAUCGGUCCGGUGACCCACGAUGGAAUGCCCAUAAUACUCAGAUCGGAAGUCCAGGAGCCGCAUCAGCAUGAAUGGUACAAGCGACUCUAUCAGACCAUACAUAAGCAGAAGAAUGGCGAUGAUUUCGUGAUACGCUACAAGUGUCCCAGAGCUCGUCCAUCGUAUAAGAGCAAUGGUUAUGUGUCUGAACCCGAACCCAACUACGAUUCCGAUUACUCAACUUUAAAGUAUCGUACUCCAAACCCUUUACGCGUUCAGUCGGUUUCAUCGGCUGUCAAUGUGCGAAAUAUAAACCAGGACGAUAAAUUGUAUGGUACUAUGCCCAAUCCGAUCAAAUCGGCACAGAAUUCAUACAAAAAUCAACCUGGUCGCAUUGAGAACUAUACAACGGGUCACUCGUCUGUUUCGGAGAAGGAAAAGAAGGAGAAUCUGGAACAGUCGAAACUAUCGCCGCUCUACACAGAAGGCAACUUAUCCAGGGCUUUAGCCAAAGAAUCUGGUUACACCAGCGAUUCCAAUCUAGUCUUCCGCAAAAAGGAGCUACCAGUGAGCAGCCCUCUGAGUCCGGUAGAGCAGAGACAAGCCUAUAAGAGUCUGCAGGCGGGUGGAGAACCUCCAUUGCUGGGCUUCCGUAAGCCAGCGCCUGAGAAACCCAAAGAAAUUGUGCAAGAAUUCGAAUUUAUACAGAUAACGCCAACGCUUACCAAAAUACGUGUAAGCACGAAACCGCUUGAAGAAGAGGAAGAACCUGAGGAAGAGCCACAGCAAGUGGCAGCAGCAGUACCUCCGCCACCACCGCCACCUCCACCUCCACCGCCUCCAACAACCGAUAAAAUGUUUUCGCAUUUCUCCAAGAAUCUGCCCUCCUUUAUACCGCUGAGCAAGAAGCAGCAGCAGCAGUUGCAGCAACAGGAGGCGCCUCCCUUGCCACCCAAUCGACGAUCCUCGUGCACCAAGAGCACUGUGCGCGUGGAGAAAGUGACAAGCAGCUGUUCCAAGUCGCGACACGAUCAAUGCUUUCAACCACCCGGUGGGAGUAAUACCCUAACCCUGCGUAAGGUCUCUAGUUCGCGUCGGGAGCCCAUUUGUCGGUCGAAGUCGACGGGUGCGGUGUCCACGCUGCUGGCCACGUUGACGGCCACGAAGGAGACGCGCAGCAAGGACGGUUGCCUGAUGCGUGUGCAGCAACAGCAUCAACAUCAUGCCAGGCUACGUUCCGUGAGUCCAAGUCGUCGUCCUGCGCGUCUCCUGGCCUUGCGUCACUCGAGCCGGAGUCCUGUGGCUUUUGGCAGGAGCAUCUCGAAGGAGCGCAGCUUUGCCGAGGAGAAGAAGCGUCUGGAGAGUACGCUGCCAGCGGGUCGCACCAACUUUGAGGCUAGCACGAAUAUUUUGCGAGAUCCCUCGCUGAAAUCGCCGCAGGAGGUGCGUGAAGCGGUGCGUUCCUAUGCCACAUGUAAGGCGCAACAUACGCGUAGCAAAUCGUUGCCACGCUUGCGUCACAGCACCGUUAGCACCACCACGCGUCACACCAUGUGCUUUCCGCAGGUGAGGCCACAAAACCUACUCGACUGCAGUCGCGCCUUGAAGAAGGUCCUGCCCAAGUGUGGCAAGGGGCAGGUUGUCAAAGCGAUUGCUACCGUGCAUCGCAGUGCCUCCAACGAUAGCUUGCCACGCAGCAACUCCACCUACUCCAUUGACUCCAUGGUGCGACAGGAGUAUGUGCCAAUUGCACCACCCAAGACCUAUGUGGGCAAAUCGAAGCCAACAAAGUCCUUGCCGCCGCUGCAGACUAGUCGCAGUGAGGGUCACGUGCCACGCAAACGUGCCACCACCACCGGAAAGCCAACCAAAGCCACCACGCUGAAAUCCAAGCAGCCAGCAGCCGUGGCUCGACAAUCCUACAGUGAAACGGUGCGAGAGAAGACCAACUUCUGGAAUGAUUACAACGCCAAGCAGGCAACCCACAUUCAAAUCCAAAAUCAGACACCACACUCCUUGCCACAGCCGGCGAAUUGUGGCACCACCGAGUUCAGGUACAGCUCGCUGCAUGAGCCACCCUACGGUGGCGAGGAUAUCUAUGACUAUACAGGUCAAGCACAAGGACCUCCCAGCUGCAUUGAGGAUCUUGUGUGGAAGUACGAGAACAAGGGACAACAUUACAUUAGACCCCAGGCUGUCACGGACAUUGCGCGUCCACAGUCGCCACAGGGUGAGGUGGUGUUGGGUCAGCGACGCUUCUCACCCACCCGAGAGGUGCGCGUACCGCAGGCACCUCAGCGAGAGGUACGCUCCCCUUCGCGUCGACGCAUCGACAGCCUGCGCUCCAGUCAGCGUCAGGAUAAGGACAAGGAUCAACAGGUGGUGGCAAGGGCAAGCAGUCUGAGUAGCGCCGACGAUCGCAGCAAGCGUCAGGCGAGUGGUGCAACAGCUGGUAGCCUCUAUCAGUGCGGUGAGUUGGCUCACAGUGCCACCUCCUUGACGUAUCUGGAGCGGCACAGUCCCAGCUGUCGGUAUCGCAACAAUUGCGAACGCUUCACGGAGUUGAAUCGUUUCUACAGCACCUUGGAGCGAGUGGGGCAGCUGGAACGUGCCACAUCCGCGAGCAACUUUCAUCCACUACGCAAGGAUGCGGAACUUCUGGACUUUGAUGAGUGGCGCAAGGUGCGUCUCCAUGAGAGAGCAGAGAAGGAGCUGCAGUAUCUGGUGGGUAAAUUGCAAGACGAUCAGCGGGAUCGCGAUCUACACUAUCGUUCCAAGGAUGUGAACGAGAUCAAGUGGCGGCACGAUGUGGAUCAGGCUCUGCAUGCCAAGCAAAAGUCUGUCGAGGAUUUGCGGGAGAAUUUCGAGCAACUGCAGCUGCUUAAGCAACAGCGAGCGGAGGCGCAACUGCCUCCUGUCCAGCGCCAAUGGCGACGUAAUACCGUGGCUGACUUGGCCAGCAGCUUGGAGGGAAGGGACGCCCAGCCCCCUGGACAGAAGGAGUCGAAGGAUCCACAGCAGCCGGAGCGUCAUUUGAGCAAUGAUUUGGUUAGCACAUUGUCCAAGGAUCAAAUCAAGAAGAUCACCCAGCAGUUAAAUGAAAUCUAUGCGGGAAAUCGCAAGCAAGCCUUGGAGGAUCACUAUGUGGUCACCGUGGAAAAGGGUUCGAAGCCGAGCAGUCAUGCCAAUACCCUAAAAGUACGCUGCAACUCCAGCAUUACCAAGGAGCAGCUGUUGGGUCCAGUUCUCCGCAAACGGGAGGAGCAACAACCCCAAACCUUGCCACGUGCCACACGCAGUCAGUCUCCUGUCGUGGUGGCCAGGGAGACACGAGGUGCCAUCGCUGCCAAGAAUGCCGAACUGACGCUGAUCAAACCACCAGAUGUGCCGCCACGUCCCAAGCCCAAAAGUGAAUCGAAACCAAUGAAGGCUGAGCCAGAGCCCAAGGACGAGUCCAAGGAGAAUCCCAUUAACCAGAAGAUACAAUACUUUGAGGAUCGUCAGUUCGAGGAGCCACCGAAAACCGUCUAUCAUGCCAGGGAGGACAGUUCGCCGGAUGAAGCAGAGGUAAUGCGUCUCAUUGAGCAGAAUAUGCAAGCGCGUCAGCAGGCUAGGCACAAUCAUGUCCAUGUCCACACAGAGCUCAGCAACUCCUUGACCGAUCUGAGCGGUGUCUUUGGUGAACGUCCCGCAGCAAGGGUAAAUUUUCACUUGCACAGCCCGCCCGAUCGUCCGCCCGAAGAUCACGAGCUGCUCAGCUACGAGCAUGGUUCUCCCGAUGGCAGUCUUGAGCUCUACGAUGCCUACUAUCGCUCGAGAAGUCUCUCGCCGCAGUCGCAGGUCUCUGCCUGCUCCAGCUCCUACUUGCAGAGGGUCUACACCGGGGAGGUUCAGAAGAUGAAGCAGAAAUUUGAGAGCAUUCAGCGUGAACAAUCCAAUGAACGGCGUGAUUUUUUUGGGCUUAGUUCGCUGCGGAAGGCGCGCAGCGAUCCUGAAUUCAAUGCAGGAUCAAAAGACGCCUUGGCCAAUGCUACGGAAGCAUUGCCGACGACCACGCAAGAUGUCACCCACCUGACCCACAAGUUUGAGCUGCGUGGUGCAACCCCCUCGCCGGAGCGUGGUAGGAGAAGGCAACGUGGCUUGUUGAUGCCCCACAUCGAUAUCAUCAGCAAGACAGCGGCACUCAAGCGGGAGCUGUUGCCUCGGGGAAGUCCAACGCGCAGCCACAGCAGCAACAGCUGCACCGCCGGACAGGUGCAGAGUCUACGCAGUCGCUACGAGUCACCAGAGCCUCCAGCACCACCAGGAGAGUCACAGAAUGUGACACAACGUUACCUGUCCACCUCUUUGGCGGAUCUGCGCGAUGUUCACGAUAUUUCACCACAUUUGAGUGGAGAUUGGGUUGCUCACAAGCAUCCGGAACGCACGCCGGCAUUGCCAAAGAAACCACUGCGAAGUGGUGGUGGUGCAGUGGUGCGUGCCAGUUCCACAUCGCCAAUCAGACCAGCCAAGUCACAGAGUAACUUUGGCGACAUCUUUGCCAAUCAGAAGUUUGAUCCACACAUGCAUCGCCCCAAAGCACGUUAUGUGCCCGAUGGUGCAGAUGCAACCACCGCAACCACCGCAACCACAUCCAGACGUGCUGCUGGUGGUGCCAACACUCUGGAGCGUCUCAAACGCAGCAUGGCGGUUACAUUCAAAGACGUGAAUAUACAAUUCAAGACACCAUUGAGGCAUGAGUAUAAACAGAACGUAUCGGAGGAGGAAUUAGCCAUACGACAAGCGGAGCAUAUGCAGAAAUUGUAUCAGGAGGAGCGCAGACGGAAGUAUCUACAGGAGUUGCAGGACAUGAAUUCGCGACGACACACCGACAAUUUUACACCCUCACAGAAAUCACCGAUUGCACUCAAUCGCUACGAUGAUUUCCCCACAGACGUGACACUCAAAUCGCUGGUGGGACCCAAAACAGUUGCCCGGGCGCUCUACAACUUCCAGGGACAGACCUCCAAGGAGCUCUCGUUCCGCAAAGGCGAUACCAUUUAUAUACGGCGACAGAUCGAUCCCAAUUGGUAUGAGGGUGAACACAAUGCGAUGAUUGGUCUGCUGCCAGCUAGCUACGUCGAGAUUGUAAGCCGCGAUGGCGCCCGUACCCCCGCCAAACGUCCCUCGGAGGGUCAGGCACGUGCCAAGUACAACUUCCAGGCUCAGUCCGGUGUAGAGCUGUCCCUCAACAAAGGUGAGCUGGUCACACUGACACGACGAGUCGACGGAAAUUGGUUCGAGGGCAAAAUUGCCAACCGCAAGGGCAUUUUCCCAGUCUCCUAUGUUGAGGUGCUAACCGAUAUUGGAGCCGAGGAUAUUGCAGCUAGAACCACAACCGUUAUCAGCACUCAGAGCACCACAAAUCUGCGUCCAAAUAUGGAUGUGCUACGCACAAAUAUCAACAACGAGUUCAAUACGCUGACACAGAAUGGUUCCCAGCCACCGAAUGGUAUCCUGAAGGACACCAGGACACUGCAUAAGACAGAUGCGCUCCACGUGGACACCAGCUCCGAGCCAUUGACUUAUCGCGCACUCUACAAAUAUCGACCACAGAACUCGGAUGAGCUGGAGAUCUUUGAGGGGGAUCUGGUGCAUGUGCUGGAGAAGUGCGAUGAUGGCUGGUUUGUGGGCACAUCUCAGCGGACUGGUUGCUUUGGCACAUUCCCCGGCAACUAUGUGGAGCGUGCCUGAAUCAGAUCGAGAGAUCCUGUCGAGAACCGUUAAGAUAUUUGCUUUGUUUUGGCCGAAAGCUGGUGAAAUCUUAUAGAAAGGAAGUGAAAAACUAUAUGCAAAGGUUUAUUUCUAAUCCUAAUGGAUUUGUAGUCUAAUAACUUGAACCGCAGCCAAGGCAAUAGCAAUUAUUCAUUAUUUAUUUGAAUUACAAUUCAACAAAAUUAAUAAUAAUUAUUUAAAUUGUUGUUAACUUUGCCGAUAAAGUGUUUUCUCUUUAAUUUAAAUAAUGUACAACUAUUUAUUUAUUUUUAAAGAAAAUGUUGAAAUUAUGUUAAUUUAUAAAACCAAAAAAAAAAAGAAUAUAUAAUUAUUAACCAGAAGUUUUUCCCACACAUCCACACACACCAAAUAUCACCAGCGAUAUUUUAUAUAUUUUUUUUUAUUUCGUUUAUCUACUAAUUUUAACUAGUCACAGCUAAUUUCCAAAAAAAAAAGAAUAUAAAAAAUAUCACCAGAAAUUGAAAUAUAUAAAGGUUAAAGGUCUUCAUGCGCCAUUUGACAAUGUUAAACACAAAAGUGCCUUAAAAAUGAAAUGUUUCUUGACUUUUAAAAACAUAGAAAGCGAAAAUAAUAAUUAAUUAAUUAAUUAAACACCAAAAAGUGCCCUUCGUCUAAUAAUUAAUUAUUUAUAAUAAUAUUGAAGAACUAAAACAAAAGGAAAUCAUUUGUAAUUUUAUGAUCGUUUUAAUAAUACACAGACACCUGUUGCAAGCGAAUGCGUAUUAAGUAAAUAAAUUAAACAAAAACACCAACAACAAAAAC